AUAAAAUAUAUCUGGCUACAACUGAAUGCCGCAAAUUUUGAUUCCGCGUUUGCGCGAUGACGUUGUAGUUUAACGCAAUGACGUCAUAACAUCGCGACCCCAGGUUUCAGUAAAGUGAAGGCUAAUCAGAGGUGAAUAUGGACUUAAACUAGGAUCGGAACACGGUUCGUGAAGUUUAUUCGCUUUUGUUAAUCGAUUUUAUUCUCUUUUUGUUCAUUUUCCUCGUGACCGUUGAGAUUUUCCGGGCUUUGAAUGAAUGAAGGAUGAACGAUGAGCGCACGUGACAGCAGCAGCAGUGAGGAUGAACACACAGAUAGGAUUAAAGAGGCAGUGUGGAGUUUCGGACCGGAAAUACACAGGAUACACGAAGAUGGAGGGACAGACACACACAGUAAAAGAGUGAAGGUGUGUGAACACGAGCACGGCGGCAACGAGCUGAAAACCACACCGGAGUUUCGCUCUCACGUCGCCAAGAAGCUGGGAGCCAUGCUGGACAGUGUGAUCUGUGAGGUUUUCAGAGAGAGUCCUGACUGUAAAUCUGCACUGUGUGAAAACACGCAGGAUGAUGAUGAUGAAGAUGAAGAUGAUGGUUUCCGACUUUUCUCCACAUCGCUUCCUGGUAACUGGAGGGAGGAGCCCAAACACACCCUGCCUCCUAAACGUAGACCUGCCCCCAGCUCCAGUGACAGUGACAGUGAGAUGGAGUCAAGGCUGAGGGAGGCAGCAGUGUCUGUAUCGGACCUGUUCUCCUCCUCCUCCACAGAAAGACGACAGCAGAACGAGAGGACGGACGCUGGAGCGAGGGAUGAGGAGAGCACUGAGCCGAAGAAGAAAAGGAAAACAGAGAGAGAGGAGGAGGAAUCAGUAGCACUGGGAGAUGGAGCCUUCAGUCAGGAACAGAGCAGAGGGAACACGCUGAAGAAGAAGAGGAAGAAGAAGAAGGUUAAAGAGUGAGAGAGUGAUGUAAAUUUAUCUGCUCCAUAUCAACAGCAGUUUGUUCUUAUUUCAUGGUUUUUAUAAAUAAAUAAUGUAAAUGUU